AUGUUGGACACGUUCGAGAUCCUGACCACCUCCGGCGUCGUCGUGUGGUCGCGGUCCUAUGCCGCCGUCAGCCCCUCUAUAGUCAACAGUUUCAUCACCGAUGUCUUUAUCGAGGAGAAGGGCGCAAUCGCCGGCGCCAAAGACGACCAGCCCACCGCCAGCAACCCUCCCUACCGAGCAGACCAGCACACCCUGAAAUGGACCUUCUCCAAAGAACUAGGAGUCAUCUUUGUUGCUGUCUAUAGGUCCCUGCUGCACCUGUCCUGGAUCGACAAACUGGUCGACAACCUCAAGACCAUCUUCGUAGAUCUGUACGGCGACCAGCUCAAGAAGCCGAACACCACCCUCGUGCACUGCCACAAGUUCGACGAAUACUUCGACCAGCAGGUCAGGCAGCUCGAAUCCAGCGCCGCGGUCAAAGGCAGCCAACCCUCAGCCGCUGCCCUGGUCUCGGACGACGAAGCCGUUUCAGGCAAUCUCGGCGAUGAACCUCCUCUGCCCCCGGGUUUGAAGCACCGAUCGAUAGCACAGAAUGGGGCGCAAGAGCUUCCAUCCACCACCGAGUCGACACCGGUCGUGACGCCGUCUAAUUCGCGGCCCUCUACACCGGGGACAAGCCAUUUGGUAGUAGGCAAGGGCGGUCCCAUGGCCAAGAUGUCGCGACGGGCACGAAAGAUGCAGAAUACCUCGGCGCCGGCCUCAUCCGGAGACGAAGGGCCAGCACGAAAGGCCAAGAAGGCGCCCAAGAAGGGGCGCAAGUGGAAUGCCGACGGUUAUGCAAGUGAGGAGGACGAUGUGCAACUUGACUACUCAGCCGCCGCCAAUGCCGCCACCAGCGAGAGCGAAGCCGAAGGCCGUUCCACCGCCAUGGAAAGUAUUGAUUCGUCGACGUGGGGUACAAAGACCUCCAAGGGUCAAUUCGUCCUCAAAGAUCUCGAUGAUGAAGUCAACGACAUUCUUGCAUCAGCACAAGCCAAGUCGACAGGCUCCUCUAGCAGCGGUGGCCUAGUCAACUCGGGUUUCAGCACUAUCAGUGGCCUCUUCCGCAAUGUGGUCGGUGGCAAGACCCUAACGAAAGAAGACCUAAAGAAGCCUAUGGAUGGCAUGAAGGAACACCUGAUCAAAAAGAACGUUGCCCCAGAGGCAGCGGUGCGCCUGCGGGACAGUGUUGAGCACGAGUUGACCGGCUUGAAGACGGGCAGUUUCGAGUCAAUCGAUGCACGCAUCGCAAAAGCUAUGGAGGCAUCCCUGACCAAGAUGCUCACCCCUACAUCAUCUCUGGACCUACUUCGCGAGGUGGAUGCUGUGACGAGACCUUCGACCUUCUCGAGCGUCAAGCCGCGCCCUUACGUCAUCUCUGUUGUCGGUGUCAACGGCGUCGGCAAGUCGACAAAUUUGUCCAAAAUAUGUUUCUUUUUGCUGGAGAACAAGUACAAGGUUCUCGUCGUGGCAGGAGACACUUUCCGUUCGGGUGCUGUAGAACAGUUGAAGGUCCAUGUGAGAAACCUGAAGGAGCUCACGCAGCGUGAAGGUGGCAAGGUUGAGCUCUUCGAAAAGGGGUAUGGUGGGGAUGCCGCUACAGUCGCAAGGGACGCUGUCCGUACGGCCAGCAAUGAGGGCUUCGAUGUCGUCUUGAUUGACACAGCUGGAAGACGGCACAAUGAUCAGAGAUUGAUGUCGAACCUUGAAAAGUUUGCUAAGUUCGCCAACCCAGACAAGAUUCUGAUGGUUGGAGAGGCACUUGUUGGCAAUGACUCUGUUGCACAGGCACAAAACUUCAAUGCUUCCUUCGGUCAAGGACGCACUCUGGACGGCUUCAUCAUAUCCAAGUGCGAUACCGUAGGCGACAUGGUUGGCACCAUCGUCAGUAUCGUACAUGCGACCAACGUACCCGUUCUUUUUGUUGGUGUCGGCCAGCACUAUGAAGAUAUCAGGAGCUUCUCAGUCAAAUGGGCUGUCAAGAAGUUGUUAAUGAAGAAGCUACCACAUGCAUUCGAACUAAUCCUCUCCUUGAAACCCUAUAGAGACCUGAGCCAGGAGAACAUGAACCAAGAUUCGACUGCAGCAAUUCUCAAGAUGAACUCUGUCCAACAAGACAAUGUCGCUACUGAGCAGGCGCAGCCAUUAUCCCAGGGUAACCCACGGAUCCACGGCCCAACACCCAUGUCUCCAGGAGCAGGCCAGGCCAUUCGCCGUCGACCUGUGUCAGUGGCUCGCCAGCAGGCGACGAACCAGACUUCCUUGCCGUCACCUAUUUCUCCUCAGAGUGGGAUCUCUUCGCCAUUGAACGGGUUUGGCAAGACAAGCCAGUACUUUCCUCCUCAGCCUUCGAGCGAGGCCCCCGGGGUUGCACAGGUUCCACAAUAUCAACCGCAAAGUAAUCCUUAUCCUCCACCACCGCCUCCAGGAUCUAGCACUCCAUCAGUACAGCCAUACCAGCAACCACAGAGCCACACCGUAUAUUCUCCGCCUCCAAUAGUGCAGAAUGGACUUCCAACUCCUCCACCAUCGACGGCAUCUAACUCUCAGCCUUAUUUCCCCCCUCCAACUCCACAACCGGCAGCUGUACCGUCCUAUAACCCAGCUCAGGUAAUGCAAUCGCCUUACCCAGUUUAUAAUCCAGCGCAGAUGGACAGGUCGACUUUCCAGAUGCCAGGCUACCCUCCGCCAAGUUCAACCUCAACGGCAGGCGCUGGAUCUCUUCCUGCAAAUGUAGCCUCCCCUAUACGAUCCAGCUCGAAGAGGCUCUCCACUUGGAGUAAGGAGGCAGCGACAAAGUACUGGAACAAGGAGACGGCCAAGAAGGCCUACAAGAACAGCGUCGACUUCCUCGUGAAGACAAAUGACAAACUGGACAAGGUGGUGCAGCCCAUGAUGCCAGUUCUCGCUGUGACUAACCCCGACCUCGCCUCGGCUAUCCAAGUUAGUCAGGCGAUGCAAAACGCUCAGAACGCUCAGAACGUGCAGAACGUGGCGAAUGGCACUCCAAAUCAGGCUGGUGGAGGGUUGAAUACGAUGGGUCACUUGGCGGCAGCUUUGAUACAAUCUUCUGGUGAUAAUUCGGAGAACAGCGGGACGGGUGCAAACCCACUGCUCGCAGCUCUGGAGCAGUCGGCGAACAAUCCGUAUGGCAGUGGUGCAGAUACCAAUGCGCUGAUGGCGGCACUCACACAGUCAACGAAUGGGAAUACGUAUGCGAACGGCAGUACAGAUCCAAACACACUCUUGAUUUCAUCGCUCAUUCAACAGCAGUCGAAUGCUGCAACGGCGUCCUUGCUCGCAAACAUGAAUAACAACGCGCAAGGCGACCAAGCCCAGCUCAUUGCCGCCAUCAUCCAGCAGCAGCAAGAACAGUCGGUAGCUACUGCGGCGGCAAUGAUGGCAGCGACUGCAUCUCCAAAUCCUGCAUAUAAUACUGCAACAGCUCAGGCUGACUCGCGCGCCAUGCCGGGUGCAAAUACGUUUUAUAAUGGAACAAACCCUAGUAUUCCUCGAGAGGCAACUGUCCCUCUACACAGCCCUCAACAAUCAGGUCCACAGGGUCUGGCCCAGCAGCCUCCUCCUACAAGCUCACUGUUCAGUUCUACUUCAUUGCCCCCGCAAGCACAACCCGUCGCCAUCCCGACAAAUACGGCAGCAGCCGCCUGGGUUCACUACCAAGCCGCAAUAUUCGGGCUCGGGGACAUAUAUCUUCCCCCGGACCACGGCAUAAGCGACGCGGGAUACAACUGCCUCGUCGGAGACCUGACGAAUCUGUCGGGACACUUCGAGAUCAGGCUGCUCUACACAGCCUCGCAGGUACUGAGGGAUGUAGCGACGACCCAGGACCUCACCAAGGACGGGGAUACGACCGUACUCGAGCCCUGCGCCGUCGCUGACUUCGGCAUCCCGACCGGCGGCGUGAGCCUGACCUGCGGCAUCUCCAUGAAAGAAGCCGAAGCGGACGGCGCCAUGCCGGCCAUGUACAAGGCGAUCGUACAGUCGCCGUACGGCCACGGUCUUGCCGUGUCGUUCUUCGUGCCGGUGCAGCAGCUGCCGGCUGCCAAGGUGGUCGCUAGGUUCAUGCUCUCGUCAAUCAAAUGGAUUGAUCGUUCGACGGUGUCCAAGUCUGUUGCUGGCCAGCUUGUGGGCAAGUGGAGAUUCGAGGACGAGCCGCUGUUGAUCGAGCUGGAGGAUGUGGAUAGCAACGCAGAGACUAAGGAGUUGGUAUUCACGGCUGAUGGGCGGUAUUUUUACGACAGGAAAGGGGGCGUCGACCAGCAGCAGCAGGACCGCGAUGGUGCGUAUGAUCCGGAUCAUACCCGAGGGCAAUUCGAGGCCUACGAGUAUGCGGCGGGAGGCUGCGUGCAUCUGGUGUUGGUCGAGGAGCGCACGGGCAGCGUCGAGGUCCAGGCCGUGGAGCUGAGCGAAGGUGUGAUGGUUGUCAAGGAGAAGCGAUAUCUUCGGGUCUCGAGUAGCUAA